AUGGGGAGGAAUGGCAUCUUCGGACAGCUGAGAGGCAUCGAUGCCUUCUCAAAGACGAUGGAUGACGUGCGCAUCCGCACCAAUGCAGGCGCCCUCAUCACACUCAUUUCGGCGCUGCUGAUCGUGGUGCUCACCAUCGGCGAGUUUGUCGACUAUCGCACAGUGCACCUCAAGCCGGCGUUGGAAGUGGAUCGAUCUCGGGGCGAAAAGUUGACGGUCAACAUGAACAUCACGUUCCCGCGUGUACCGUGCUACUUGCUCUCGCUCGAUGUGAUGGACAUCUCGGGUGAGCACGUUAACGACAUCCAGCACGACAUUGAGCGGACGCGCGUCAGCCAUGACGGCAAGAUCAUCGAGCAAGGCAAGAAGCACCUGAAGGGGGAUGCGGCGCGUAUUGCGAACACCAAGGGCAAGGACUACUGCGGUGAUUGUUAUGGUGGCCAGCCGCCUGCAAGUAAUUGCUGCAACACGUGCGACGAAGUGCGUGAGGCCUAUGUGCGCAAAGGAUGGAGUUUCGCAGACCCGGAUCAUGUCGACCAGUGCGUGGCCGAAGGAUGGUCGGAGAAGAUCAAGGAGCAGAACAAGGAGGGGUGUCGCAUCUCGGGCAAGCUGCACGUCAACAAGGUUGUGGGCAGCUUCCACCUGUCACCGGGCAAAGCGUUCCAACGCAACAGCAUGCACAUCCACGAUCUGGUGCCCUACCUCUCUGGAACGGGUGCCGAGCAUCACGAUUUCGGUCAUAUCAUCCACGAGUUCAGCUUUGGCUCGGAGCAAGAGUAUCACGGGCUCACCUCCGCCAAAGAGCGAGCCGUGAAAGCCAAGCUUGGGGUCAAGGAUCCGCUCGAGGGCGUUCGUGCAACGACGCAGCAGAGCCAGUUCAUGUUCCAGUACUUUGUCAAAGUGGUCUCGACCGAAUUUCGCCCGCUGGCCGGCGAGACGCUCAAGACGCAGCAGUACUCGGUGACGACGUACGAGCGCGAUCUGUCGCCCGGUGCCAACGCUGCCGCUCUCGCGGGCGUGUCGAACGAAGGCUCGGGCGCACACAUCUCGCACGGAUUCGCGGGUGUGCCAGGCGUGUUUUUCAACUACGAGAUCUCGCCGCUCAAGACGAUCCAUUCCGAGUACAGACAGUCGCUGUCGCACUUCUUGACGUCGACGUGUGCUAUUGUCGGAGGCAUCCUGACCGUGGCGGGCAUCUUGGACAGCUUGGUGUACAACUCGAGAAGAAGACUGGGCAUGCGGGACGGUAAUAACGAUCAUGCUCAGGAGGGGCUUGGCUUCACUAGCAAGACGGGCAAGUUCUUGUAG